AUGGCUCCGAAUGCUAUCAUUGCUCCCUCAAUCCUGUCGGCGGACUUCGCCAAGCUGGGAGAGGAAUGCGCAAAGACAAUAGCCCAGGGGGCUGACUGGCUCCAUGUUGACAUCAUGGACGGCCAUUUUGUUCCCAACAUCACCUUUGGCGCUCCUGUAGUUGCCAAGAUCCGCCCGCAUGUCGACCGGCCCACCACAGCCUACGGACGAGGCACCUUCGACUGCCACAUGAUGAUCGCGGAGCCCAAGAAGUGGGUCAAGGACUUCAAGAAGGCUGGUUGCGAUCUAUAUUGCUUCCACUAUGAGGCUGCGUUCUCCGAUGCCUCCGAGGACCCGUUCGGCAAGUCGGAUGUGAAAACGAGCCCGAAGGAGCUGAUCAGGUACAUCCAUGAGUGCGGCCUGCAAGCCGGUAUCGCCAUCAAGCCCAAGACAAGCGUCGAUGUACUAUGGGACAUUCUCGAGACGACCGAUGAUAAGGAGCGACCAGAUAUGGUUCUGAUCAUGACGGUGGAGCCAGGGUUUGGAGGACAGAAGUUCAUGGCAUCUGAGCUGCCCAAGGUGGAGGCGCUACGGAAACGAUACCCCGACUUGAACAUCGAAGUCGACGGCGGCCUUGGACCUGGCACGAUCGAUCAGGCGGCCGACGCCGGAGCCAAUGUCAUUGUCGCAGGAAGCGCGGUAUUCGGUGCCAAGGACCCCUCAGAGGUUAUUGCUCUAUUAAGAGAGACAUGCGACAAGAAGAACGGAAAGCUGUAA